UGAUAUUUCUGGUUUGGCCCCCAUCUUUGAUUCCCAAUCUUACUGUCAAUUACUAAUAAAUCCACCUUCAGUGUCUAUAGGGAAAGGGAAAGUAAGUAAAGGGAAACUAUUCAACCUCAUUGAGUUUAUAGAGAACAUUCAGGAUUACUGUUGCACUUAUAGCAACAUAGUAUACAAAAUGAAGUAACAAGUAAUAAGUCAAACUAGAGAAACAAAUUGGAUUAUACUGCACCCUCUUAGCCUCACUAGGGUAUAACAAGGUUUUAAUUUUAGCUGUUUCCUUGGACUUACGGCAAUAUCCCUUCCCUACCAUUCCUAUUUGUUCUUCUUUCUGCUGACUGCUCAAAAAGCUUGGUGAUAAAAUUUUGGUUCCAUUCACAUUAAUUUAAUGGUGGCGUGAUCUAAUUAAUAAUCCUUUUGCAAAACUCCUUUUUUAUUUUAUCUCUGUUGGGUAAUCAUUAUCAAUACUGUGCCUUUAUCCAGUUUUGUUCUUGUUCCAGUAUCUUUGGUGAAAUUUACUUUCUGUGAAAUCCAUUUAAGCCCUUUCAAGUUUUUAAGGAUUGAGUGUCCACAACUUUGGAAGAAGCUAUCAAAAAGAAAGGCAAAGGAACAGGCAACUAUUUAGAUGCCUGUAGGAACAAGGAAAACAGCACAAGCUGCAACAUCAGUUCAAAGAAGAUCAUCGACUUCACUCUCUACUCCAACCGAAAUACCCAACAAAACAAUGGAAAACAACAACUACCUGCUUGAGGAAAUGAGAAGACUUCAAGCCGAAACACAUAAAGAAAUUUGGAGUUCUAGAGAUGAACUGAAAAGCGAGAUUGUGGAACUCAAAGCCAGACUGGAUAAGAUUGACUUGGACAUAGUAACAAUUAAAGAUAAAGUGAAUAACUUGGAAAAGAGAACGGAGAAUCUAGAAAAGCAGAGAGAGGAUGUAAUCAAGGAAUCUAAGGAAGAACAGGAACAAGUGUUAAGGAUCCAACUUAAGCAAAGAGAAAAUUGCCUGAAACUACGUGGCCUCCCCGAAAAAGGGAAUGAGAAUCUUUACGUUGAACUAUCCCCGAUCUUGGCAAACUUCAUAGAGGAAUCAGAAGACCACUUUCCGUGGGAGCUAGAUCGUGUCUAUAGACUAAACUCCAAAAUUGCCAAAAUGAAGAAUCAGCCAAGGGACGUGGUGGUUUAUUUUGUCCGAAAACAGACAAGAGAUAUUGUGCUGCAACACAGCUAUAAGAAAAAAUUGGUGAUCAACGGUAAAGAAAUAUUGAUAUUGAAGGAUAUCCCCGGUAAGAUUUUGAAGAAAAGGAGAGAUUACUACUUGGUGUCAGACAAACUGAAAAAUCUUGGACUACCUUUCAAAUGGGACGAAAUUGAAGGUUUACAUGUGUUUUGGGAAGAAAAAAGAAUAAGAGUCAAUUCAUCGGUAAAAGCUGCAAAAUUAUUGGAAGACUUGCAAAGAGCACACGAAAAGAAGAAAUCAGUUGAUGAUACCAAAGGGGGGGGGGGACCCCACGUAACUUUUUUCUUUAAAUUGUAUAAACUUUUUAUCUGCAGUGUUCAUGCAAUCUAUUAACCAUUCCUAUCCCUCAUUCCUGUAUCAUUGAUUGUUUAGCUACUCAAGUUUGAAAAUUUUUAUAUUUCUUUGGAACCUCGCUCCGUAUAUCUAUAAGAAUCUUUCUUAUUAGACAUUUUUUAAUAAAUUCCAUUGGAUUAUAACUUAAUCUUAUAAUGUAAAAAUCUUCUACUAUCAAUUUAUAAAUUGAAUAAAGGUUCUGAU